AGAUAGAUCAACAUAUGCAUCCAUGCGUCCACCUAAAGGGUUACAAUGGAUCCAUGCCGAAAUUGCUUGUGUUUUAUAAGUUUAGUUGGUUUAGUACGUUUAGUAUAUUCGGUGGCACGGUGUUUUCGGUCGCGGUAAGCGUAUAUUAAAAGGGACAACUGUAUCAGAAUGUCGCCCGACUGGUUUUCGGAAUACGUCACGGUGGACAAUGUGUGCCUAGGAGUCAAUGCCAUUACUUUGGGCUUGAUCUACAAGAUCUACCGGUCAAAGACGAAGAACUUCGAGGCUGUGCAGACGGCACGGCAGUUCGACAUCGACUCGCAUCUGGUGCAAAAGCUGCGGGAGGAGUACCCAGAUGGCAAGGCAGUGCACGCCGUCGUCAGGGGUCAGGUGAAGUCGCUUGGAGACACCCUGAAGAGCAGGCACAUCCGCAGUGCCAAGGCCGUCAUUCAGGAGUGCGUCCUCACUGAGCACAAGAUCCAGUGGAGCCCCUUCUCACGAUUCUGGUCACACACCCAGCGCGAGAUCCAACGCGUCAUCAACUAUGUCCCCUUCGCAUUGGCCUCCCGCCACAGCGGGGCCACGGUCGAGGUCGUCGACCCCCUCGAGUGCGAGGACGUCCCGGUCCAGUGUGUCUACGAGAACUUCAUUCCGAACCGCGAGGGCCUGAGUGGCGUCCUGUUCGGCUGGCUGCGCGGCGAGCAGACAAAGGGCAUCGAGGAGCAGGAGAUGCUCCUCGAAGAGGGCGCCACGCUCACGGGCUUUGGUACGCUUGCCACCGAGAAGGGCACGGAUGCCGUCCGGCUGAUGCCUCCGGCAGACGGCUCCUGCUACUACCUCACCCACCUCAGCCACCCGGCACUCGUGUCCAAGCUGAAGUCGGAGGUGGAUGUCCUCCGGGUGGCCUGCUUCGUUUUUGGCUUCACGGCGGCCGGCCUGUCCGUCUACAUCCUGCUGUCCUGGUGGCAGAGGCGGCAGCGGCGCAUCCAGGAGAUGAAGGAUGCGACAAGGAGGGAGGAGGCCAAGAAGGAGCGCAGAAAGCAGACGCGGGAUGCCGCCGUGGCGUCUGAGUACCCCAACUGCGUCAUUUGCCUCAGCAACCCGGUGGAAGUGAUGAUGCUUGAGUGCGGGCACGUCUGCGUGUGCACGGACUGCGCAGAGCAGGUCAGGGACACGUGUCCCGUUUGCAGAGCGCCCAUCGCGAGGAGCGUGGCGGCCUUCUUACCCUGAGCGGAGGUGGGAUUUGUAGAGGCAUCGCUGCUAUUUCUUUGAAGUGCGGCUGUGUUCUUGAUUUUGUACAGUUUCUGGUGGGGAGUUGUUCGUCGAGGUCUGGCGGUGUGCGGCGCUUCUAUUUGUGAUGACUGCUGAUGGAUGGGGCUCAAAGAACUGAAAGAGGAUGUCUUUAUUUGUGUGAGGUGCCUUUUAUGCAACUUGCUAGUAAGGUGUAGUAGCCGACGAGAGAAAAUGGAGUUCAGAAAUUCUUUCUUUCUCCCUCGUCGGCACGCAUCACAUACUGUAAAACCCUUUAUUUUCGCAGCCUCUAUUUUUUGCGAAUUGGUCACAGAAAACAUAAUCGUGGCUGCUAAAUUUCGUAAAUUUGGAUUUCAGAAAAACAAUGCAGGAGAUGUAGGCGGGAUGCUACAAUCCCUACAACACUAUUCUUAAGGCAAUAUCUCGAAUGUACGGCCGUAUUUUUGGAAAAAGAGGUCGAGAUUGAACCAGGCCGGCGUGGCGCGUGACGUGAAUAUACCUAGUUGCCUCCUCUCUUCGCUUCGCUCCCUCGAGGCCGCGAGGCGGAGAAGACGCGAGGCCGUUCCUUCUCCUCCUUGGAGAAACAUGACGUGAACAUUUCUGUCAAAUGCACCUCCUUUUCUUGAAAUAUACGGUCAUCCGUCUGAGAUAUCGCUGUAUGAGUGAUGUUUCGGUGUUUGUAGCAUCCUGUUGCACGCUUUUGCUGCAUGUUUUGUGGAAUCCAGAUUUCGGUUUAGCAUCCCUUUAAGGACCAAAAUUUUUGCAAGCCCCGAAAUUUCAUAAAUUUUUUAAUUCUCGAAAUUCCCAAAAUUAAGGGCUGACGAACAUUAAGGGUUUUACAAUUGUGUGAAUGUGUAGAGUACACUGAUGUGUGUUCCUGGUGUUACCCUACAUGCAUUUUACUUGUUCCUGCCCAGUAGCAAUGAGGGGAUGGACAAAAUGGUUCUAUUUUCAGUUGGCCAUGACAUACUACUGAUGGCUUAUGUGUGACCAAAAAGGUUCACCGACAAAAACAUGAUACACAUAGACACCCUUUUGAAAUUUCUAGAAAGAUUUUUUUUUUCUUUUUUGUCUUAUUAAUGUAGACAGAAGAACUUGGAUUACUGCUUGUGGGCUCAAAGCAUCUGAAAAGAAUCCAAACUCUGGAGCUUGUCAGACAAAAGCCAUAUGUAAUAAAAACAUCCAGCCGGACUCAAAAAAAAAUUCUAGGUGCUCUCUUGUCACAGAGGACGUAAAAGAAGAAAGAGAAAAUCUCGAAGUGGAUAAGAAGAUCUGUGUAACCAGGUGUAUGGUAGCCCACACAAGUCUCAGCAGAGGCUGUGGUUUCAAUAAAGCUAUGCAGAGAGCAA